AUGUUUCGCUUUGAAGCUAUGUGGACAAAAGAGAAGGGCUGUAAAGAUGUAGUGGAAAGAGCUUGGAGGCUUGGUAAUGCUACUGAUGGAAUGCUUGGAAUCGGUGAAAAAAUUCAAUGUUGUGGUGAGCUCUUAUCUGCUUGGAACAAACAACAUUUUGGUAAUGUAUACACUCAGCUCAAGAAAGCGAAGCAUGAGUUAAAAAGGCCGACAGAGAUGGCUCCGAAUAGACUGUCUCAGGAGGCACUGAAACAAGCUAAGCUGGAGGCAUCACAAAGGAGAUCCAAGAAUUUUAUAAGAGGUGUAAGGGGUUCAGAUGGUAAUUGGAAAGCUGAAGCGGAAAGGGACGCUGAAAUAUUAGCUUAUUUUCAGAAUCUGUUCACAGCUUCAAGUGAGAGAAGCAAUGUGCAUUUCUUAGAUAAUCUAGGGGGAGAAUGGCAACUGAAAUGA